AUGGUCUUCGACUUAUUAUACCGCGUCUACUACGGAUUCUUAAAUCCACCAACCACCAAGAAAAAGGAUGACGCCAUUCGUUUCGGGCUACUCGGCGCAUCCAACAUCGCACCGGUCGCUCUGAUCGCACCAGCAAUUUCCCAUCCAGAAGUGAUCGUAGCAGCCGUCGCAGCCCGAGAUCGGACUCGCGCAGAGAAAUAUGCCAAAAAACAUAAUAUCCCAAUCGUGCAUGCCACAUACGAAGAUCUCCUCCAAGACCCAACCAUAGACGCCAUCUACAUCGCCCUCCCAGACAGCGCCCACUACGAAUGGGCCCUCCGCUCCCUAGCCGCAAAAAAGCACGUCCUCCUCGAAAAGCCCUGCUGCUCAAACGCCACAGAAGCCCGCUCCCUCUUCACACACCCACUCGUCACAAGCCCCGGCGCACCAGUCCUGCUAGAAGCAUUCCACUACCGCUUCCACCCCGCCUGGCAGACCUUCCUCGAUAUAAUCCACCACGCACCGCAGGCGGGCACCAUCAAAUCCGUAUCCGCAGAGCAGUACUUCCCGAAAUACGCGUUCGGCGCCACCGAUAUCCGCUGGCAGUACAGGCUUUCUGGCGGGUGUAUGAUGGAUUUCGGGACAUACCCGAUGAAUGUGCUGAGGCAGGUCUUGAGGGAGGAGCCGAGGGAGGAUGCGCUGAGUGCGGAGGCGAGACGGGUCGGGUUCGCGGGGUUGCCGUUUCGGGAGCAGGUUGAUGAGGCUAUGAGGGCGAGUUAUGUGACUACGACUGGGGCGGUGGGAAGUAUGGUUUCUGAUUUGAGGUUUGCGGGUGGUUGGUGGCCGUUUUUGCCUAGGGCGUGGACGGACGGGGUCUUGCCUGGUUUUGCGUGGCCGAAGUGUGUGGUUGAGUGUGGGGAGAAGGAGAUUCGGUCUGCUGUGGGGUUUGAGGCGCCUGGUGGGGAGCGAUGCUUUGUUAGUAGGAAGGUUGUGCUUUGGAAUCAUCUGAUGCCUAGCAUCUAUCAUCGGAUUGAUGUUGAAGAUGUUUAUUCUGUUCGGGUUGGAGAGGAGGUUGUGAGGACGUGGAAGGAUGCGCGGUUUGUGCAGGCUUAUACUUUCCCUACUGGGGAUAGGAGAGUUGGGACUAGCGGCGGCGGGAAGGAGUGGUGGUCUUCGUAUUUCUAUCAGCUUGAGGAGUUUGUGAAUAAAGUCAAAGGGCGUGAGGGGUCCGGCGUAUGGAUUGAUGGAGAGGACAGUAUUAAGCAGAUGGAGGCUAUUGAUUUGGUGUAUAAGAAGGCAGGGAUGCAGACUAGACCGUCUAGCGGGUUUCAAUUAUGA